AUGGAGACAAAAUGGUAUACGACAGAGACAGCAAAUCAGAGGGGCAUGGGAGGGUUGACAAACAUUUUUCCAGUUCAAUGUGCGGGGCAUGGACAUUCUAGAGCGGGUGGCCUAUGCUUAUGGUGGAGACAAGAGCUCCAGGUGGACAUUUUGGAGGCUUCUCUUAAUCACAUUCUAUGUACUAUUUUGCAUCCUGAGGACAAGCAUCCGAUGACUGUUAUUUUUGUGUAUGGAUUUCCGGACGACCGGUUAAAAGAACAAACUUGGAAUUUUGUGACUCGUUUGCAUUCAGAUGUGUCACGCCCUUGUUUGGUUAUUGGUGACUUUAAUGAUAUUCUUUCUCCGAGAGAUAAGCUAGGAGGUGACCUCCCUGACUUGCGACAUCUCCAGAAGGUGACCCAAGUGUGUGCUCAGCUGGGUUUGCAUGAGGUAGAUUUCACAGGUUACCGUUACACGUGGUCAAAUAAACGUGUGGCUCCGAGAACUAUUCAGGAGCGGUUGGACUAUGCCCUAACAAAUGACGCUUGGGAUGCGCUUUGGCCGGUGACGGUGGUGUCCCAUCUUCCGAGGGCUCAGAAGGAAUCAAAGCGAGCUCAUAUGUUCCGCUUUGAGGAACUAUGGUUGAGAGAAGGGGAGGAGUGCAUGGAGAUUAUCACGGAGACUUGGUGCCGGGAUACAACAAAUGUUUUGGCAAAAUUCACAGAAAUUCAGAAUGAGCAGGUGAUUAAGGAAACUCAUGAGGCAGAAAAGGAGCUUGAGGCUCUCUUGGCGCAAGAAGAGCUUUGGUGGAGUCAGCGCUCUAGAGCUACUUGGCUUCAGAAAGGAGACAAAAACACAAGUUUCUUCCAUCAGAAAGCGUCCCAGAGAAGGAAGAGGAACAUGAUAGAGUUGAUCAAAGAUGACCGCGGGAGAGAGUUUGAGGACGAUAGAGAUAUUUCCAAUGUCCUUAUGGACUAUUUUAUGCAACUUUUUGCAACAUCACACCCAUCAGGAAUUGAGGAGGCCACUAAUCUGGUAUCGGGAAGGAUAACACAGGCUCACUUAGCUGUCUUAUCGGACCCUUUCACGAAGGAAGAGGUGGAGGCGGCUUUAUUUCAAAUGCACCCGACAAAGGCUCCAGGGAUUGAUGACUUUCCGGCUCUUUUCUAUAAAAAAAUUUGGGGCGUGAUUGGAGAUGAUGUAGCGCGGUUCUGCCUACAGAUUCUUCAGGGUCAAGCAUCACUAGGUAACAUCAAUCAUACUUUACUUGUUCUUAUUCCUAAGAUAAAAAAGGCGGAACAUGCAACCCAAUUUAGACCUAUCAGUUUAUGUAAUGUAAUUUUCAAAAUAGUGACAAAAACGAUUGCCAAUAGAUUGAAAUUAAUUUUGCCUGAUUUAAUUUGUGAAGCACAAAGUGCCUUUGUGCAUAAUAGGCUGAUAACAGAUAAUGCUCUUAUUGCCCAUGAGUGUUUUCACUACAUGAAGAAGGAAAUUACUGGCCGGAAUGACAUUAUGGCUCUGAAAUUAGACAUGGCGAAAGCCUAUGACCGAAUUGAAUGGUCCUUUUUGCGAUCCGUGAUGGAAAAGAUGGGGUUUCCACAGAAUUGGGUGAGUUUGAUUAUGAGAUGUGUCUCAACUGUUUCUUUUUCUAUUAUGCUUAAUGGUAACCCCGAAACUGUUUUCAGCCCAGGUCGUGGCUUACGGCAAGGGGACCCUUUAUCACCUUACUUAUUUAUUUUGUGUGGGGAGGUUUUUUCAGCUUUGGUUGAAAGAGCUGUCUUGUCUGCAAACCUGAGUGGUAUCCGUGUUGCCAGAGCGGCACCUGUUAUAUCUCAUUUACUCUUUGCAGACGAUAGCAUUGUGUUUGCUAGGGCAAAUGUGGAUGAGGCAAGAACUUUACAGGCUAUUGUAGCUACGUACGAGCGAGCUUCCGGACAAGUUAUCAACCUAGAUAAGUCCAUGCUCUUAGUAAGCCGAAAUGUGACUGAUAAUAUAUUUGAUGAGCUAAAACAACUAUUGAAUGUUAAGGCGGUCGAGAGCUAUGACAAAUAUCUGGGGUUGCCAACUGUUAUUGAUGGUAUUUGUGCAGAGAUAGACAGCAUGAUAUCCAGGUGGGCGUGGCGUAUAGGAGAUGGUUCAAAGGUUCAUGCUUGGACGGAUAAAUGGUUGCCAAAUGGUGUGCCACUCACUUACCGGCAUGAUGUGGUGGAUAGCCUUGGCAUUGUCAUGGUCUCAGAUUUGAUUGAUAAGGGCCCAAACAGGUGGAGAAGGGACGUGGUGGAGGAAGUUUUCCAUCCUACAACAGCAGCUUAUAUUCUAGCUCUCCCAUUGGGGGCGCACGGUGGUGAUGAUGUCCUUGCAUGGCCUCACACCACGACAGGGCAGUAUACAUCUAAGACGGGUUAUAAUUAUGUGUGCGGCUUGUUAGCCUUGGAGCAGCAUGAAUCCGAGGUGGUGGAGAUGUGUCAGUCUUUGGUGUACAGCAUUUGGGAUGUGAGGAAUAGGGUGAUUUUUCUGAGUGGGAGAUUGGUUGAUGGGGAUGUUAUUGAUCGGGCCUUGGGGCUAUUGGUACCAAUUUCUCCGGCGGUGCGUGAGGAGCGGGGAGGGACCAAAGCGGUGUGGAGGAGGCCACAGGGAAGGGUGAUUAAGCUAAACUUUGAUGCUUCAUUUGUGGAUGGUAUGGGAGCGGGAUUGGGGAUGGUUGCCCGCAACCGUCUUGGGGAGAUCAUGGCUGCUGCAACCUCCCAUCCGGUCCCAGUUCUUUCGUCUCUGUUGGCAGAAGCGAGCGGGUUGAGACGUUCUGGUAAUUCAGUUGCAGACUUUCUGGCUAAGAACGCUUCCACUUAUGCGGAUUGUGUAUGGGUGGAAGAGGCUCCUGAUGUCGUUUCUGGUUUGGUUGAUUUGGAUGUAAUUGCUUCUAGGCCGGUUGGCCCUUAA